CAGUCCUUGAGCACAACUGUUGCGGCAGCAGCGGCGGUGGCAGCAGUGGUGCUGACAUUGGGACAGCGGUGUCAGGACAGUGGUGGCAGCAAGAGCUGGGGACUGGCAGAGGGCAAGGCACCAUGGCCCUUGCUCUGCGCCUCUUCCUCCCGCUCCUCCUGGCCGUGGCCCUGCCUGCCAGGGCUGCCCAGGCUGCUCCGCUGCAAGCGCGGGGAGCAGGCUGGGAUGGCAACAUGGCUUAUCCAGAUGCCUUAUUGGAUGACAGCUUGAAUCUCCUGGAGAAUGCUGGAGGUCCUCCUCUGUCGAAGAACACAGACACAGGAGACAAGAAAUCCCUGGAGGCAGCCAGACACCUAGACCAGAUGCUGAGUGAUCUGGAGAGACGUCGUGAGAUGAACCAAAAGGCUGUGCUGAAGGCAGCAUUUCCUGGAGGAAGCAGUGGCCCAUUGGCAGCCCCUGCUGCAGGAAGUGAGGCGAUGCCAGGCACAGUCACAGGAGCUUGGGAUGGCGACAUGGCUUAUCCGGAUGCCCUACCGGAUGACAGCUUGAAUCUCUUGGAGAAUGCUGGAGGUCCUCCUCUGUCGAAGAACACAGACACAGGAGACAAGAAAUCCCUGGAGGCAGCCAGACACCUGGACCAGAUGCUGAGUGAUCUGGAGAGACGUCGUGAGAUGAACCAAAAGGCUGUGCUGAAGGCAGCAUUUCCUGGAGGAAGCAGUGGCCCAUUGGCAGCCCCUGCUGCAGGAAGUGAGGCGAUGCCAGGCACAGUCACAGGAGCUUGGGAUGGCGACAUGGCUUAUCCGGAUGCCCUACCGGAUGACAGCUUGAAUCUCUUGGAGAAUGCUGGAGGUCCUCCUCUGUCGAAGAACACAGACACAGGAGACCAGAAAUCCCUGGAGGCAGCCAGACACCUGGACCAGAUGCUGAGUGAUCUGGAGAGACGCCGUGAGAUGAACCAAAAGGCUGUGCUGAAGGCAGCAUUUCCUGGAGGAAGCAGUGGCCCAUUGGCAGCCCCUGCUGCAGGAAGUGAGGCGAUGCCAGGCACAGUCACAGGAGAUGAGCAUGCUAGCAAGGCUUCUCCAGCCGCUGGGAUGGAAGAUGGUUUGGAACCCUUGGGAGCUUCUGCAGGUGUGUCUGCAGGGAGGACUUUUCAGGCUCCUUGCCUGGUUGCUGCGCACAAGCCCGGCUCCCAUCGCAGUGGUCCGCCGAGAGGGAGGAACAGAGCUACUAAACACAUGAAAUCCCUGGAGGCAGCCAGACACCUGGACCAGAUGCUGAAUGAUCUGGAGAGACGCCGUGAGGAGAGGAAUUUAUGGCUUUCCUUAUCAACAGAAACAAACUUCUUCAAGCGUGAUUUAGACUCGAAGAUGCCUGGGGAUUAACAGAAUCUUCUUGACAAGUACCAGACGAAUUUAUUGUUUUAAAUAAAA